AAGUGACCUUCCACGGUGAGAGAAAGUCCUUGUCAUCGUAGGUCAUCUAACAUUGCAGCAUACUAGCUUCCUUUGCUAGCGUAAAUGGUGUUCAGGUUUUUGACAGUCCAUCAGGGUGAGCAUUACCGCCUCACUUCAUCAUCCUCAUACAGCCUCUCUGAGUGAUCGCUCAGCGUCUGUGUGAAGACCUGUGUAAACCUUGGCGGUGGCGGGACAGAAGCACACGGCUCCCAAAGAUGGCAUCACCCUUCGUGCCUGUCCCUGUGCCCUUUGACAGAGUCUCAGCUGGAGGUAGCAGUAAGCUCAGACGGCCCCCUCGAGCCUCAUCACUCGGCAGCGUCUCCAGCAGCUCAGACUCGUCUCUCCCCAGGGCUGCGGGGGAGGACCUCAUCGGACGAGGAUGUGGAGGGCUGGUUUCUCAGCGGCAAUCUCGCUGCAUCGACAGGGGCAGCCGGAGCAGGACGCCACCACCUCUGCAGAGCCCGGUGACUCGGGCCAGGAUGAACGGGUCUCUGGAUCACGCCGUGGAGUACUCCACCUGUCCCCGCUCCAUCUCUGAUCCUGUGGGGAGCCAGCAAGUAGAGGAGGAGGAGGAGGAAAGGCCAAUAACGCCCACUGUGCUGGGCUACGAGGUCAUGGAGGAGAGGGCCAAGUUCACGGUGUUCAAAGUCCUGGUGAGGAAGAGCGCGGACGAGAGCUGGGUCGUUUUCAGGAGGUACACAGACUUCUCCAGACUCAACGACAAGCUGAAGGAGAUGUUCCCGGGUUUCCGCCUCUCGCUGCCUCCAAAGCGCUGGUUCAAGGACAACUACGACACCGACUUCCUGGAGGACAGACAGCUCGGACUGCAGGCCUUUCUGCAAAACCUCGUCGCACACAAAGACAUCGCCAACUGCAUGGCAGUGAGAGAGUUUCUGUGUCUGGACGACCCGCCUGGACCUUUUGACAGUCUGGAGGAG